CUAGUAAUUGUUAAGACUUAUAGCCUGAACGAAACAGCCACCGAGAGCAGUGUAUCAAAAUGGCAGAGACAGAUUCGUCGCCAUCUUCUAUCGGAGAAGAAUCAUCCUCCUCGCCGGCACCGGAACCGGCAUCACCGGUGUCAAUGGCAGAGAUGUAUUCGCUGCCCUCUAUUAACGGAGAAGACACUUCAUCCUCCCCUCCACCUCCCUCCGCAUCACUUGCGUCGAUGGCAGAGAAUUUUCAGCGUUCCGCAAUUGAAUCUGCUCGUACUGUGCAGCACAACUCUACCACCCAUUUUCGCACCUUUCAGAACUUUUUACCAGGAGCAGUGUCACAAUAUAGAACUUAUGAAGAUGCUUUCUUCAAUAAAGUUAAAGAUGGAGUGAUGGUAGCAAGGGAGAAUCCGGCUAUAGGCGUUGGUCUUGCUGUUUCUACUGCCCUUCUUGUUAUGAGAGGUCCGAGAAGAUUUCUGUUCCGCCACACAUUGGGUCGAUUUCAAAGUGAGGAGGCACGGUAUGCAAGUGCAGAGAAGAAUGUGAAGGACUUGAACCUUUCAGUAGAUUUGCUAAAGAAGGAGAGCAUAAAAUUGCUUCAAAGGACAGCUCUUGCUGAGAAGGAAAUGAAAUAUGGGCACAGCGAACUAAUGAACACUGGAGCCCAAUUACAACGCCUGGCAAAAUCAUCAUACAAGGCUGAAGCCCGAGCUACUGAUUUAAUAGACAGGCUGCGGGAUAUACCUAGCCGUGAAGCCCUGACACUUCGAGCUGAGGUUGCGUCUUUGGCUUCAAGUUUGAAGCGGCAGAGAUCUGUGCUGGACAAACGGAUAAUGAAGAUCUCCGAGUUAGGGAUUUCUGUGUGAAUCAAUGGACAAGUUUUGGUCCUUCCCUUAAUCCACACCCAUGCCAAUCAUUCCAUUUUAUUUGGAUAAAUUCUCCCGAGAGUGGAUAGCUUUACUUGUGAUGCAGACCCAUCCAUUGGGGCAUCUAUUUUUUGUUUGGUCAAUUCACUGCAUAGAUAGAUGGGGUCUUAAUAAAAAGAUGUGACUGAAAAAUUAUCUUUAGAUAUUACAGCUUUAAAGCAGUUCAAAUUGAUAGUGUCUAUUUGUUCAAGUUUUAGGCUGCCGCUAUUGUGGAACAUCAUUAUAGGAGGUCUAAGAUAGAUCACAUUUUAAUUUUGCAAGUCUAUCAGAUCUUAUAAUGCUGCAUCUAUGUAAAAUUUCCCCUAUUUUCUUUA